AUGUGUUGCUUUAGUGAUGUUUAUUUUCGCAGGCAGUGUAUCGUCCACACAGCCAAUUGUAUGCUUUCAAUCGGUACUGGGUUUAUGCUUUCAUUCCCCGCGGUGCUAAAUCCAGACAUAUUGUCUCCAAAUGGUACUGGGAUACAUGCAACUCCAGAUCAAGCUUCUUGGAUUGCUGGCACUAAUGGAAUUUCGGGCAUUGUGGGAUUUUGCUUUGUGCCCUAUGUUAUGCAAGUUUACGGCCGAAAAUUCGUUCACAUUGCAUUGAAUUUAUUUUACGUUCUCGGAUUUCUUAUCUUGGCACUAGCUACCAACAUUCCUUGUUUAUACGCAGCAAGAAUUAUUCAAGGAAUCCCAAUGUGUGCAGUUUUUAUAACAUCCAUUAUGGUAGGAGAAUAUUCCCACCCAAAAAGACGGGGAUACUUCAUCACAAUAAAGAAAAGCACGGUUGCAAUCGGCUCAUUAAUGUGUCAUUGCUUGGCUUUGUGUUGGACCUGGAAACAAAUAGCUGCAUUCGCAGUUGUUCCAAAUUCUCUUGCGAUACUUUUUACAUUGACGUGGCCGGAAAGUCCGUCGUUUUUGGCUCUGACCGGAAAAUAUGAAGAGUGUGACAAAUCACAUAUGUGGCUCUAUGGAGACAGUUUAAAGAGUAAGAGAGAAUUAAAAGAGUUAAUAUCAAAUCAAGUGGAAGUAAGAAAACACUUGAAGCUCAAUAACAACUUGAAGACUGUGAUUAAAAAUAUGCUACGCAAAGAUUUUAUCAAACCAUUUAUAAUUGUUUCUUUAUUAACAGUGAUAACAGACGCAAGUGGAAGAUUCUAUAUGCUUGCUUAUGUAGUUCAAAUACUAAUGGAGGUGACGAAAGAUAAGUCCAUUACUAUGUAUUGUACUAUAGGUUCUGAUAUUUUAACUAUUACCGCGUUGUUAAUUUCAUGUUUUGCUAUCAGAUGUUGUAAAAGACGGACAUUACUAUUUAUUUCUGGAAUAACAUGUGCGUUUUUGAUGUGUUCAACAAGUUUGAUUACGUUUUUGAAAUCUCAUUACGAUAUUGGGGGAUCUGUUUAUUGGUGGUUGACCCCUAUAGUUAUAUUAUUAAACGUUUUUAUAGUUAACGUAGGAGUUGUACCCGCAUGUUUUGCAAUAAUGUCCGAAAUAUUUCCACUAGAACAUAAAGGUAUAGGUACGGGUGCGACGGGUGUAGUUUUUACUAUUUUGUAUUCAAUUGUGAUGAAAUGUACUCCAUUGAUGAUGGAGAAGACUGGAGUGGAGAGCACUUUUGGUAUCUAUGCACUUCACGUGAUUGUCGGUCUGUUGAUAUUGUAUUUCAUAUUGAAUGAAACUAAGGACAAGACGCUGCAACAAAUAGAAAAUGAAAUCAAAGGUCGCAAGCAACCCAAUUUUAAUGAUUAUUAUUUGAAUGGGAAACCACUCAUCUGCACGGAAUAA